UUAUUUUUCCAACAUGGCUGAGCAAGGCAAUGUCAAACAAUUUCACGAGUUCGGUUUAGACGAUCGUUUGCUGAAGGCAAUAGCUAAGUUAAAGUGGGCCAGACCAACACGCAUUCAGGAAGUUGCUAUACCGUUGGCUUUGGAAGGCAAGGAUCUCUUGGCUCGCGCAAAUACUGGAUCUGGGAAAACUGCGGUAUAUGCCAUUUCAAUCAUUCAAAAAAUCCUUCGCGAUAAAAAGGAGGAUGGAAACGUGUUGGGUGUAAAGGCGUUGAUACUCGUACCGACAAAGGAACUGUCUCAACAAGCCAGCAAGAAUAUAAAAGAUCUUACGUCUUAUUGUUCUCGUGACGUUCGUGUUGUUGAUGUCGCACAAAACAGUUUGGAUGUUAUGAGACCUUUAUUGUUAGAAAAACCUGACGUGCUGGUCGGCACUCCAAGCCGUAUCCUCGGCCAUCUUCAGGCACUAAAUCUCAAUCUGAAAGAAUCAUUGAACAUGCUUGUUUUCGACGAGGCGGAUUUAUUGUUUUCCUAUGGCUACGAAAAAGAGAUCAAGACAUUGACGAGUUAUCUUCCAAAGAUUUAUCAGGCAUGCUUGAUGUCCGCAACUUUGUCGGAGGAAGUGAGCGAGCUGAAGAAAUUGGUGUUGCACAACCCAGUCAUUGUAAAGUUGGACAGUACUGAUGCUUCCCAAAAUGGCGGCUUAAACCAAUACUUAAUCAAAUGUGAAACAGACGACAAAUUUUUACUCAUUUACGCUCUUUUGAAAUUGAAGCUCGUUUUGGGAAAGACUUUGAUAUUUGUCAACGGAAUCGAUCGAUGCUACAGAUUGAAACUAUUUCUUGAACAAUUUUCAAUUAAAUCUUGUGUGUUGAAUUCGGAACUGCCUCACAAUUCAAGGUGCCAUAUUGUCGAGGAAUUCAAUAAAGGAAUAUAUGAUUACAUAAUUGCAGCAGAUGAAAGUGCGGAACGUUCCAAAUGUAUCCCAUCUUUAAUCAAGCAAUUCCUAUCGUCAUGUAGAAGUGCCACAGGGCAACCUAAGGAUAAAGAAUUUGGCGUUUCACGGGGAAUCGAUUUUCAAGACGUUGAAAAUGUCGUGAACUUCGAUUUUCCCAAAACUGUCGAAAACUACAUUCACAGAGUUGGCAGAACUGCUCGAGGCUUCAAUACUGGUAAUGCUCUUUCGCUUGUGACGUCAUCCGACGAGAAAGUGAUCACUGCCGUUGAAGAACGAUUAUCUCCGAACUCUGUUUCUUCCGCCGACGAGAAGCUCUUUACGCCGUUUAAAUUCAAAAUGGACGAGAUCGAGGGAUUCCGUUACCGUUCCCAGGAUGCUCUGCGAGCGGUAACGAAAGCAUCAAUUCGAGAAGCGAGAUUAAAGGAAAUAAAAACGGAAAUUUUAAAUUCUGAGAAAUUAAAGGCGUUUUUCGAGGACAAUCCACGUGAUCUUCAACUAUUACGUCACGAUAAAGUCCUUCAUCCAACGAAAAUUCAGCCGCAUCUGAGACACAUUCCCGAUUAUCUUGUCCCGGAGACCAUGAAACCUUCUCUAAACAAAUCAUCUGAAAGACGAAAAAGAAGUUUCGUGACGUUUCAUAAAAAUCGGCGUUCCUCUAAUUUUAAGAAACAAAAAGUGGAUCCGUUACGAACAUUUAAGGCUUCGCACAAUCAAAAACCCAACGACAAUAAGAAAAGACGCAAGAAGAAGAGGUAAAAAGAAAUCUGAUCGAUUACAGAAGUGGAAUUUGAAGUAUGAGCUGGAGAAGCGUUGCUCUUUUCUGAUGUACAAGAAAAGUUCAAGAUUAGUUUUAACUUAUGAAUUGAAGAAUUGCGUGAAGCAGUUGAUUGGUUGUGUUACUUAAAACGUGAUAGAAAUGAUUGACAUAAAGUACAUGACAAAUUACGCUGUUAUACUGACUGCAGGCUCCUGUAUUCCAUACUAAAGAUAUUCUCUGUUGUCAGUGAAUAGAGAAAUGUUCUUUGAAAACACAAAUUUAUCCAAAAAUUAAAGGGAAAUAUUGAGUGAGUGUUAUGGAGGUUGAAGUACAGAGUGGUCCAUCACAAUACGAUACACUUCUUGGGGAAAUUGAAAGCAGCGAUGGUCCUGUGGGACCAACAUUGAAGUAAGGCCACUUUAAAUUAACUCUGAUAAGUGGAAGUAAGUGUGGCGUGAAGGUUCUUGGUGUAAUUUUGAUUUAUUUGAGUGAAACAAAAUUUUUAAACUUGCUACUUGGGAUGAACCAGGUUUGUUUUAAAAGUAUAUGUAAUGUGUUCAUUCUGUUAAUUUUCUUUCAAUAAAUCUCACCCGUCAAA